AUGGGUUUUACAAAAUUAUUGUCGAGUGUAAAUCUGGGGAGGGUGAAUCCUGGUAGAAUUUUAGGGUAUUAUAGCAGAGCUGCCAGCACUGAGUGUGGAGCUGUAUCUGGUAAAGAUGUUACAAAAGAAAUACAAGACUCCAGUAGUCAUGGGAACAAGAGUGGCCUUGUUUUGGGUGUCUAUGAAGAAAAAGAUAAAUUCGAGCUGACACCCGCCGCUGAAGAAAUCAACCAGAAAAGUGGUGGAAAAAUCUGCAGAUAUUUAAAUGAAUUGUCGAGUGAACUAAGGCUGGGCAAGGCAUUCGUCGUAACAGACGUUGUCCCCGAGUUCGGUCCAGUGGCCAUCUCGUGUCUUGGAAAGAAAGAUCCAGGGUAUAAUAAACUAGAGGAAUUGGAUGAGACAAAGGAGAACGUGCGAGUGAUGGUCGGCGCGGGAGUGUGCGCGCUGAGCGAGCGCGGGGUGGCGCGCGUGGCCGUGGACGCGGCGCGGGAGCCGCACGCCGCGUCGGAGGCCGCGGCGCUGGCCGCCUGGAGAUUUGAAGAGUUCAAAUCUUCCGGUGACAAACACGAAGAGAUCCAAUUGUCCCUGUACGGUUCAGAGGGUAAAGAGGAGUGGGACAAGGGUUCGGUGUACGGGCAAGCCCAGAACUGGGCGCGCUACUUGUCCGACAUGCCCGCUAACAAAAUGACACCAGUGGACUUUGCCCAGGCCGCACUGGACACGCUGUGCCCUCUGGGGGUGACGGUGACAGUGCACGAGCGCGAGUGGCUGGAGGCGCAGCGCAUGCGCGGUGUGCUGGGCGUGGCCGCCGCGUCCUGCGAGGAGCCGCUGUUGCUGGAGUGCGCGUGGCGCGGCGCCAGCCACUCGCCCGUCCUACUCGCCGCUGACGGGAUCACGUACGACAGUGGCGGGCUAUGUCUACGAUCCGCACACAAGCUGCGCGGAUCGCGCGGCGCGGCGGGCGCGGCCGUCGUGCUCGCCGCCAUCAGGGCACUCGCACAAUUGAAGGUUCCGCUACACGUGCGAGCAGUGAUCCCGCUGUGCGAGCAGCUCGUGAGCGGGCGCUGUCUCAAGCCGGGCGACGUGCUGCCUGCGCUCAACGGGCUGCACGUGCAGGUGGAAGACACUGACCUGGAGAGUCAGCUUUUAUUGGCCGACGCGCUAGUGUACGGGCAGACCGUGUACAAGCCGUCCUUGGUCGUCGACGUCGCUUGUCUCACGCAGGGCGUGCCGGCAGCGACGGGCGGCGGCGCGGCGGCGGUCGUCGGGAACAGCGCGCGGGCCUGGGGCGCGCUGGCGGCGGCGGGCGCGCGGGAGGGCGACCGGCCCUGGCGCCUGCCGCUGUGGGAGUACUACCGCCGGCAGCUGGUCGAUGACCCAGCCGUGGACUUGAGGAACAAAGGCUCAGGGACUGCUACUAUCUGUAAAGGAGCGGCCUUUCUGAGGCACUUCGUGUGCGGCGACUGGCUGCACAUCGACACGUCGGGCGUGCGGCGCGGUGGGGCCGCCUACCUGCGCGCCGAACGCGCUUCCGGCCGGCCAACGCGCACCCUCGCCGCCUUCCUGGAGGACGCCGCCGCGGCCGCGCCGGGGAGCGGGACGGCACAGCAAUGA